AUGCCAUAUUUCCAAUACCAACUGGACAAAAACCCACCUGACCUUUUUUUCCUCUUUCUUCUUUUCGCAGAAUGUGACCAAACGUUCGUAUCCCGUGCCGGCGGUCCAGCGAACGGGACAUUCAACGCGCCACUGCUCACCAAUCCGACGAACCACUCGCGCCAGUGCCUGUACAUUUUCCUAGCAGGUCCAGGUCAGCGGGUUGACGUUACGUUCACGUCGUUCAACCUAAGAGGAUCACCACCGGAUGGAGCGGCAGUUGGUGAACUUCCAGCCUGCGUCCACGAGUACAUGGACGUGUACGCCGAAGUUCAGUCGUCCGAUCCGGCCGAACUGAUAAACUCACCAUUCGGUGGACGCUACUGUGGUCCUAUACCGCCACGUCGUCGCAUUUCGUUGUACCGUGCUAUUGCAUUGUCAUUUUAUACGGAUAAGAACUCGACAACGCCGGAUAUUUUCGAGGGUCGAUAUGCCUUUAUUAAUGAAUCUGAAUACGAGAUUGGUCAGCCGGUCAUUGGGUCGCCAUGUUCCUAUGUAAUUAAUUUUGCUCAGAAACGUACGGGUGCUAUUAUAUCACCAACUUAUCCAGGUGCCUAUCCAAAAGAUAUGUCCUGCACAUAUCAGUUCAUUGGAAAACCAAACCAGCGGGUACGGAUCGAGUUCCGCGAUUUUGACCUGUUCUUCGGAGGACCCCACUGUCCAUUCGACUAUGUACGUGUGUUCGACGGACCGGACAACACAUCUGCCGUGGUUGGCACGUACUGCGGUCAGCAGCGGAACCUGGUGCUAUACUCCAGUGAGCAGUAUCUGUUUGUGCACUUCUCGACACUGCAACGAACGGCCAACACACAGAACCGAGGUUUCAAGGGGAUUUUCGAGUUCAGCGAAAGCUUCGUCAAGCUGGAUUUUAUUCGAGAAAACGAUGGAAUGCACAUUCGGGGCUCGGAAUGUGACCAGAAGAUCCUAUCGAAGAAAGAAUCGACGGGAUUUGUAUACUCGCCCAACUAUCCCUUUCCGUAUAUACCGAAAGUAGUUUGUAGAUAUUUUGUUUACGGCAUGCAGGACGCGCAAAACCUGGAGCGGGUGAAACUGGAAUUCUCGAUUUUCGAAAUUCCGAAAGGAGAGCACAAGGGCGACUCCAACUGCACGGACGGAUACCUGAAGGUCUACCUGAAGGGCCAGGAGGUGGCGGACGCAUACGAUAAAUUCGACCACGAACUGUGCGGCAACGAGCUUCCCCAUGCCGUCAUCAGCGACGGACCCCGGCUGGUGAUGGUGUUCAGCUCCGGUGAAUUGCAAGGCCGUGGCUUCAAGGCGAAGUACACCUUCGAGACGGAGUACAAGAUCCCGGGAACGGCCGCACCGGAUGGGACCUGCAGCUUCACCUAUCGGAGCACUUCGCGCAAAAAGGGCGAAUUUAACAGUCCUCGCUAUCCGUCGAACUACCCCUCCGAAACGAACUGCUCGUAUGUGUUUCUGGCGACUCCGAACGAACAGGUGACGAUCGUGUUCGAUCACUUUAAGGUCAAAGCAGAUGGUGCGAACACCACUUACGGUGCGUAUGGAACAUCCGUUUGCUUCGAAGACUGGCUGGAGAUGUACGUCCUGUACCGGGACGGAACGGAUCGAUUCCUGGGCAGAUAUUGUAGCUUGACGGCUCCUGGUCCAGUGGAAAGUCCCCGCGGAGCUGUUGGUAUUCGAGUUGUGCUGCACACGGAUCAGGAAAACGUGGCCAGUGGGUUCAAAGCACGGUACAUUUUCGAAACUGCCAAAUCUGUGUUCGGUGACUGCGGUGGCAACUACUCCGGAGAGGACUCCGGCGUUGUGACAUCGCCCAACUUCCCGUCUAACUAUGAUGCACCCGGCAAGGGGCUAGCCUCGCGGGCAUGUAACUGGUAUAUUUCGGCACGGAUCGGUUACAAGAUACUGCUGAAUUUUGACUUUUUCGGAAUUGAAGGAGAACCUGCAACUCGUGGAUGCGCUGCAGCCGUUAUGCGUUUGUGGCUCUCGCCCGAAUCGGACAUGUCACCUAUCGAGAUGUGUGGCGAGAAACCCGCUAUGGAGCACUGGCAGUACGUGACCCACGGCCAAACCGCUCGAAUCAGUUUCACUAGCGCAGACAAGGCCAUUGGGGCACAGGGUUUCCGCGUAAUCUGGACCGAAGUGCAGGAUUCUCCAAUCGGGCCCAGCUCAACGAUUUCGCUGCUGUGCGAGUCGACGUACCAUUUUCAGUGUCUCGGUUCCGGUUACUGCAUCUCGGAACGGUUGCGUUGCAACGGUGUCAAGAACUGCGGCUCCCAGGACAAUAGCGAUGAAAUGCACUGCACCACCAUAGUUCCCGAGGAGGAUCACGGCGUGCUCAUAAUAUCCUGCAUAGCCGCCGGCUCGUUCCUAACCUGUCUCCUUUGCACUCUCUGUCAUCGAAAAAGAAAACGCAGACAUCACAGACAGCUGGGUCUGCAUAGGAAUGCUGCCCACUACGAUUCGACGACCAGUGCAACCGGUUUGGGCUCCAGCAGACGGCACUUGCAGGGCGGCGGUAGCCUGUCAGGCAGCCUCCACGGUAUUAAUAACAGCGAACCGAUGGUUAUCCCGCCGGCUCCGCUGCCACCCGUCAGUGUACCGCCGCACGUCUGCAUCAACGAUACCUUGCUCGAUCCGGACGACUUGAACGAUGACCUAUUUGUGAAUAGCUGCGACCGCUUCGACGAUGACGAUUACCCAUUGGGCGAGCAAAACAUUUUAUGUCUGCACUCGAGUUUAUCACGCAACUCCAAGAUUACUACGGGCAAACAGAUAACCGACUCGUGUAAGGACGCUUGGAACAAUUGUGGCAUUUAA